ACAUAAAUGCAUGGAUUGUGGAAAGGGCUUCAGUAAGAAAGCAUAUCUGCAUAGACAUAAAAGAAUACACACAGGAGAGAAGCCAUACAAAUGCAUGGAAUGUGGAAAGGGCUUCAGUCAGAAAGCAACUCUACUGGUGCAUCAAAGAAUACACACAGGAGAGAAGCCAUACAAAUGCAUGGAAUGCGGAAAGAGCUUCACUGACACUGGAUCGUAUAACAAACAUCUAAGGGCUCACACAGGAGAAAAACCAUAUAAAUGUCUAGAAUGUGGAAAGAGCUUUCGUAACGGUACAUCCCUUUGUACACAUCAAAGAACACACACAGGGGAGAAACCAUUCAAAUGCAUGGAAUGUGGAAAGGGCUUCAGUCAGAGUGCAGGUCUAUAUAUGCAUCAAAGAACACACACAGGAGAGAAGCCAUACACAUGCAUGGAAUGUGGAAGGAGCUUCAGUUGCAAUGGAAGUCUACUUACCCAUCAAAGAACCCACACAGGAGAGAAACCAUAUGAAUGCAUGGAAUGUGGAAAGAGCUUCAGUCAGAAUUCAGCUCUCCGUGAACAUCAAAAAAUACACUCGGGUGAAAAACCGUACAAAUGCAUGGAAUGUGAGAAGAGCUUCAAACAAAGAGAACAACUACGUGUACAUCAAUACACCCAUACAGGGGAGAAGCCAUAUGAAUGCAUGCAAUGUGGAAAGAGCUUCAGUAAUAGGACAGCAUGUAAUAAACAUCAAAGGACUCACUCAGGUGAGAAGCCGUACAAAUGCAUGGAAUGCGAGAAAACCUUCAGUCACAGUUCAUAUCUACAGUCACAUCAAAAAACUCACAGAGGAGAGAAACCAUACAAAUGCAUGGUAUGUAAAAAGAGUUUCAGUCGGACCGAUCAUCUGCGUAUACAUGAAAGAACGCAUUCAGGAGAGAAACCUUUUCAAUGCAUGGAAUGUGGAAAGAGCUUCCGUCAGAAGGCAAAUCUACGUGUACAUGAAAGGAUACACACAGGGGAGAGACCAUACAAAUGCACUGUAUGUGGAAUGGGUUUCUGUGAUAGUGGGACAUGUAAUAAACAUCUAAGGACCCACACAGGAGAGAAACCGUAUGAAUGCGUGGAAUGUGGAAAGAGUUUCAGUUGCAGUUCAAAUCUACGUAUACAUCAAAGAACCCACACAGGGGAGAAACCUCAUGAAUGCAAGGAAUGCGGAAUGAGUUUCUCUAGUAGUAGCAGUUUGCACUCACAUCAAAGAACCCACACAGGGGAGAAACCUUAUGAAUGCAUGGAAUGUGGAAAGAGCUUCUCUCAUUGUCAUGCUUUACGAACACAUCAAAGGACCCACACAGGGGAAAAACCAUAUCAAUGCAUGGAAUGUGGAAAGAGCUUCAGGGACAGAGGAGAUUUGCGUUCCCAUCAUAGGACCCACACAGGAGAAAAACCAUAUAAAUGCAUCGAAUGUAAAAAGAGCUUCAGGACCAGUAGAGACUUGCAUGCCCAUCAUAGCAUCCACACAGGGGAAAAACCAUAUAAAUGCAUCGAAUGUGGAAAGGCCUUCAGCAGACGUAAAAGUUUGUAUUCCCAUCGUAGAACCCACACGGGGAAAAACAUAUAAAUGCAUGGAAUGUGGAAAGGCCUUCAGAAAAAGUUGCCCAUAUAAUAAACAUCUAAGGAGUCGCAUAGGUGAAACCAUGUGAAUGCACAGACUGUGGAAUGAAAUUCAGUGGAAAUAUUUAGUUCAUUAUGAUUUGCCACUUUUUCCAACACCCAGAAUUUGAGGUCUGUGGCAGAGCGUUGCAAUUCUACAAAUUUCCUUACUAUAUUGGCAAACCAAUUUCUUCUAUUCCUUAUAUUAGGAAAUGUUCCUCCAAUCAGUCUCUUCAGAGUUCUUGAUACUUUUCCCUAUGUAUAUAUUUUUGGAUUUAGCUUGAACGGCACCUUUAGCAAAUCUGGUCAAGCGAGACAGAACUUACAUAUCUCUGCUUGCUUGGCUGGUUUAUAAAUUCAGUCAUUUUAGAGGUGUAUUUCCUUCCUUCCAUCCUUCUUGCAAAACUCUUAAUUUUCACGCUGAAAUAGGAAUCGUGUUUCCCAAAUUUUGGCCUUCCAAAUGUGUGGAAAACACUCCCAGUGCACAUACCUUGAAUUCUCUCUCUCCUGGUCAGAUAUCUUCCCGGGGACAAAAAAAAGUUAAGACCCAGCUAAAACUUCUUAUGUGUGUGAAGAGAACUUGAAUAAAGGGUCUGACAUUAAGACGAUGUGGGAUGGCAGCAAAGUCUUUAGGAGAGGAUUUUUAAAACAGCAAAAUGCUGAUAUAAAGUGAAAGAGGCAUGACAUUCUGAAGAAUUAAAGUAAGAUGUAAGAGAAGGAUUUUCAGAAGAAUCCAACAAACAAGGACUUGACCUAUGAGAUCAAACAGCCAGAAAAAGUCUUUGGUGAGAAGUUGAGGUCUGUAAAACAGAAGCUGUUUGAAAUCAACAAACAAACCAGGAAGAUGGCUAUCAUACAAACUUAGUAAAGAAAGAUAGAGAAAGGAAAAAGUCAUCAAUCAGAAUAAGAUCAAGUCAGUCUUCUAUAACUGUACCUCUCUUAGCAUCAUGUUUCACAAAAGAUGCUUUGGAAAAAUAUGUAGAACAAAACUUUCUGCUGCUCAACAAAGCUUUAACAAAGACCAGAUGAACCAAUAACAAUGGUGGAACUUGAUAAGGCUUUUUCAGAGAUGAAAACAGGAACAGCACUGGGUCCAGAAGGAUUCCCAGUGAUAAUUUUUGACUUUAUAAGAUCACCUAUGCAUACCUUUACUCCAAAUGAUGAAUAGUGCGCUAAGGAAUAGAGUUACUCCUGGAAACAGGCAAACAGAACUUUAAUUCCUCAAGAAGGCCGAGUUAAGAAAGAAUUGUAUACCUCCAUUUUUACAGAAUAAUAACGAUUCAUCAUGGAAAAAGAAAAUGAAGGAAAACUACUGUUUUUAGCUGUCCUAGUCAUCUGCAAACCCAUUCAACAAUUGGGCCACACAGUUGACAGAAAACCGACACACACGGAUAGAUACCUACAUAAAAACUCCAACCAUCACCCAAGUCAAAAAAGAAGCACAAUUAAAUUCCUGGCAGACCAUCUACGAACGCCACCUCCUCUAAGGUGAACUGAAUCACCUAAACUGGGCUCUCCAAGCCAAUGUAGACUCCACCACAGACAUCAGAAGAGCUGCAAGACCAAGAACAAGCCUUGAGAGGAAAGACAAAGAUCCAGCCAGAGGAAGAGUGUUCUUACCAGACAUCAAAGCAACCAUUGACUGCAGAGGGAAACUCAUGAAGAAACACAACUUCUGAACGAUUUACAGACACACCAAGAAAAUCUAACAAAUGCUACAUUCAGUGAAGGACAAGAGGGAUCCUCUCACCUCUGCAGGAGUCUACCAUAUACCGUGCAGCUGUGGACAAGUCUACAGAGGGACCACCAAAUGGAAGUGCCCAAACACGAAUCAAGGAACAUGAAAGGCACUGCCGACUAAUCCAACCAGAGAAGUCAGCCAUAGCAGAGCACUUGGUAAUCCAGCGUGGACACAGAAUAUUCUUAGAGAACACAGAAAUGUUGGGCCACUCUGACCACCACCAUGCCAGACUACAAAGAGAAGCCAUUGAAAUCCACAAGCAUGGGAACAAUUUCAACAGAAAGGAGGAAACCAUGAAAAUGAACAAAAUCUGGCUAUCAGUAUUUUAAAAAAAAACCUCUAGAAUCAGGACAGUAAAUAAAAAACAGAACUCAAAUACCAGGGAAAUUCCAGACAGGAAACAAUCAGGGCAAGCUAACACCUCCCAACAAAGGAUUCCCCCAGGCAGGAAGCAGCCAGGCUUUGAAGAUACAAGGCUACUCAAAUGUUAAUCAAUCUGGCCAACUGCAAUGUUCACACUUGCUUCAAACAGAAAAGAGUUCUUUCCCCCUACCUGGACAUUAUUCCACAGAUAUAUAAACCCCACUGCCUCAUUUCCAACAGACCUCACAACCUCUGAGGAUGCCUACCAUAGAUGUGGAUCAGGAGGGAAUGCUUCUAGAACAUGGCCAUACUGCCCAGAAAACUCACAGCAACCCAAUGAUUCUGGCCAUGAAAGCCUUUGACAACACAAUGAGAUGGGUCUUCAAUUGCAUCUUAAAUUCUGACACAGUUGAGAUGGCUGUCGAGUCUCUUCUGGCAGGUCAUUUCACAGUCUUGAGGCAGCUGAUGAAAACUGGGUGACAGCUGCCAGUUCGCAGGCUGGAUGGAAUAAACGCCUCUCAAAGGACCUCGGUGUGAACUCGGGGUGGAUUGUACAAGAGAAGGCGAUCCUGUGGGGAACCUGGACCCACACCAUGUGUGGAUUCAAAGGUCAAGACCAAAACUAUACUUUGCUGGAAACUAAUUAGAAUGAAGACUACCAAGAUAUUUGCUUCUUUUUAGCAAAGAGUCUGACAAAUGUCCUUAAUACAUGAGGAUCAAGCAGGAUUUUUAUCAAAGAGACGCUUAAGCAACAGCACUAGUUGUGUAUUGGACCUUCUAGAAUAUUAUGGGGCUUACUUACAAUGCAAAAGAGGCCGCUUUGGAAUUUUGAAAUGCUGUGAAAAGGCAUUUGACAAUGUAUUGUGACCGUUUAUGAGAAGCUAUCUUGGAGAACACGAAUUUUGGGUCUAACUGCUCUUGAUUAAUGGAGAAUGAGAAAUGCAUGUAGAAUACAGAAAGGAACUUGGCAAGGAAUGGUGAAAGAGUUUUUGAAUAGAGUAAUGAUCAAAGAUCAAAGUUAGAAGCCAAACACUUUUGCAAAUGAUGUAGUGAUACGAAGGUUGAAUGAAAAGUAAUGCCUCCACCUUCGUAACUCCUCAACUGAUGGCAGUUCUGGUCUGCGGCAGGUCCUGGCUUGUUCAGUAGACUCUCCUCUACAGUUCCAUUUGGCGGGAAGCCUUAGCAUUUAUUUAUUUAUUUGCGACAUUUAUAUACCACCCGAAGGGGACUCAGGGCGGUUUACAAGUAUAUAUACAUACAAUAUAUUAUAUUAUACAACUAUAUCGCAAUAUUAUUAGUAAUAUUGCAUGUAAUAUAAAUAUACAAUUAUAAUAGUGAAUUAUAAUAAUUAUUACAUUGUAUUACAUCAUAAUAUUAUUAUUAAUAUUACAUGUAUAUACAAUGUAUUAUAAUAUUAGUAUAGUAUAAUAUUAUUAUAAAUCAUUGAACGGUUGUGUUGUUAAAGUGCGAAGUAUGGAACCCUGCGCAGACGGUCGGUCAAUGCGACUCGAGCAACAUGCAGUCAUUGAAUUCUUGACAGCAGAAGGUGUCACCCCAAAGGAGGUUCAUCAGAGAAUGCAAGCUGUUUAUGGGGAUUGUGUGGAUGUGAGUGCUGUGCGUUGUUGGCCGAGUCAGUUGAAAGAUGUUGAGGUUGGAAUAUCUGACUUGCGUUACAAACAAAGAGUUGGACGUCCUGUGACAGCAACCACUGGGUUUCACAAGCAAAAGGUUGACAGAUUGAUUCAGGAUGAUCACCAUAUCACUCAGAUCUGCAGGGACAUCAUUAUGCUUCUGAUGAAGGUGUUGAGAGAACUGUGAGACGCUGGUUGCAGAAACAGUGUCGACUUCUUCUGUGACGGCUUCAGAAAACUUGUUCAUCGUUGGCAGAAAUCUAUCCAGUUGUCUGGUGAAUUAUGUGUCAAAGUGAAUAGUGGUAGUUAAAAAGCACAUUCUAAGGAUUAUUUCUAUGUUUGAUUUAUUAAAAUAUUCCCAUCCAGACCCAAGUAACGAAGGUGGAGGCAUAACUUUUCAUUCAACCCUCGUAUGUUUACAAAAUCCUUUGUAUACAGGUGGGGUUUGAAAUUAAUUCUAAAGGAAUAUGAGAAGAUGUCAAGAUUUAAAAUCUUGGUAUUGGUGGAAGGGUUUCCUCUUGUCAGUAAUGGGUAGAAUCUCAGCUGUCAAGAUGUAUGUAUUAUCUAAGGUGCUGUUUUUGUUUCAAACUUUACCAUUUGUAAUGAAUGACAUCCCAUUUAAAGAGUGGCAAAUGAAAUGGCCAGUGUCCAUUUGGCAAGGAAAGAGAGCAAGGUUAGAGUUAAAGUAUUACAAGAUGAUAAGAAAAAAUGGGCUAAUUUGAAAAUAUACGAUCAUGAUUGUUGUUUGACAUGGUUGAAGGACUGAUAAACUGUGAGAAACAAAAGAUUAUUUCAGUUUGGAGGAGAAGGUAUGAAAUUUGGGAUACAUGCCUAUCUUUGGCAUGAUAAAAUCAAAGCAGAUUCAGACUUUAACCAUCACUUCACAAGUAGAUCACCGUUAAUGAGUGUAAAAUCUAUAUAUAUAAAAGAGUGAUGGCAUCACGGCGACUCACAAAACAACAAAAGUACAGGCCCCCCAACCUCAAAAUUUGACAACACAACCCAUCACCCACGCCUCAAGGUUGAUACAACAAAAAGAAAAGAAAAAUGAAGUCCUAAUUAGAGGGAGAGCAAUAAUUUUUUUUAUCCAAUUGCUGCCAGUUUAGAGGGCUAAUCUCUGCCCACUUGGUUGCCUAGCAACCAAGGGACAGCCAGGGUUCAGUUAGGGGACAGGCAGAUAUAGGCCUCACUUAGACUUCUUCCACAGAUUAUCUAAUUUGCACUGGAUUAUAUGGCAGUGUAGACUCAAGGCCCUUCCACACAGCUAUAUAACCCAUUUAUAAUCUUAUAUUAUCUGCUUUGCACUGGAUUAUCUUGACUCCACACUGCCAUAUAAUCCACUUCAGUGGGCAUUUUAUACAGCUGUGAAGAAGGAGCCUCAUAUAAUCCAGUUCUAAGCAGAUAAUUUAAGAUUAUCAAUAUACAGUAGAGUCUCACUUAUCCAACGUAAACAGGCCGGCAGGAUAAGGGAAUAUGUUGGAUAAUAAGGGAUUCAGGAAAAGCCAAUUAAACAUCCAAUUAGGUAAUCGUUAUACAAAUUAAGCACCAAAACAUCAUAUUAUACAACAAAUUUGACAGAAAAAGUAGUUCCAUGCGCAGUAAUGCUAUGUAGUAUUUACAGUAGAGUCUCACUUAUCCAACACUCGCUUAUCCAACACAUUUUUGUAGUCAAUGCUUUCAAUAUAUCGUGAUAUUUUGGUGCUAAAUUCAUAAAUACAGUAAUUACUAUAUAGCAUUACUGUGUACUGAACUACUUUUUCUGACAAAUUUGUUGUCUAACAUGAUGUUUUGGUGCUUAAUUUGUAAAAUCAUAACUUAAUUUGAUGUUUAAUAGGGUUAUCCUUAAUUCCUCAUUAUCCAACAUAUUCGCUUAUCCAACGUUCUGCCGGCCCGUUUAUGUUGGAUACGUGAGACUCUACUGUACUGUAUUUCCAAAUUUACCACUAAAAUAUCACAAUGAAUUUAAAACACUGACUACAAAAACAUUGAUUAUGAAAAGGCAGACUGCGUUGGAUAAUCCAGAACAUUGUAUAAACGAAUGUUGGAUAAGUGAGAUUCUUCUUUAAUAUGAAAUAAUUACUGGGAUAGAAUAAUGCAGAACAAUAUAAUCUCUAAAACCAGGACAGUAAAUAAACAGGGGAAUUCCACACAGGAAACAAUCGGGGCCAGCUAACACCUCCCAACAAAGUAUUCCCAUCAUCAAAGUCUGGCAAAUCCUGUUUUCUCAGGGCCACAGACAGUAGAAGCACAUAAAAUAUUGCAAACAACACCACUCUGAAAACAAGGUAAUUCCAGACAGGAAACAAUCAGGGCCAGCUAACACCUCCCAACAAAAAAUUCACUCAGGGAGGAAACAGCCAGGCUUUAAAGCUGCAAGGCCAUUACAUCCUAAUCAUUUUUCCUAAUUGCAGCAUUCAUACUUGCCUCCAACAAACAAAAAAAACCAAUCAGAAAUAUUGUAUAUUCACAACCUUUAGGAAAUAAUAUCCCCUGAUGGCGCAGCGUGUUAAAGCGCUGAGCUGCUGAACUUCUGGACCGAAAGGCCACAGGUUUGAAUUGGGGGAGCGGAGAGAGCCCCCACUGUUAGCCCCAGCUUCUGCCAACCCAGAAGUUCGAAAACAUGCAAAUGUGAGUGCAUCAAUAGGUACUGCUCCGGCGGGAAGGUAACGCCGCUCCAUGUAGUCAUCCCACAUGACCUUGGAGGAGUCUAUGGACAACGCCGGCUCUUCGGCUUAGAAAUGGAGAUGAGCACCAACCUCCAGAGUAAGACACGACUGGACUUAAUGUCUGGGGAAAACCUUUACCCUUGACCUUAACUACCACCAAUUCCUCAAUACUUUAUUUCCCAUACCACCAGACUUCGCCACAGCAACGCGUGGCCGGGCACAGCUAGUACAUAUUAUAAAAAUAGAUUUUUCCCCAAAGAUGUCAUUAUGGCAUUAUGUUCUCCGCAUGAAGCUUUAUGAAGAGAACAUUAUUUUGAAAGUAAAUGGUUUACUUAAAGCAAUUUGUUCCUACUGCGUAUUAAGCAAUAUAGGUGAAAGACAAGAGAGGAAUUGGUGAUAGAGGGUUUUACAAUAGAAUGGUUUGCUGUUUAAGUUGGAUCAAAAUGUAUUUAGAUUUCUAAUAAACCAGAAUUUGAAACCAGAUUAUGUUCUGAGGAUGACCACCUGAUUGCUAAAAUAUAUGAAAUGGAGGAAGAACAGGUGAAACACUGCAUGGUUAAGUGGGUGACAGAAAAUAUUUGUUGGCCAAGACAACUGAAACAAUGUGAAAAGAUUUGGACAAAAAAUUUGAAAUGUUCUCUGAAUAAUGAUUUGAAAGGAAAAAUAAAUUACAUGAUAAUUUAUAAAAGUAUCUGAUACCAGAGAAGUUUUCUAAGAUGUACAAAGCUAGUUCUAGAAAAUGUUGGAAAUUCGAGGAAAAUGUUGGGAUCUUUUAUCAGAUGUGUUUGUAAAAAGGCCCAGAAGUACUUGGACUUAAGGACGUAUGAUAUUCCAAAAAAAUGUUAAGGUCAAAAUGAUGAUGAAACUAGAGUUUUCCAUGCUGGGAUGCUGGAUGAUAGAUAUAUUAGAGAUAAAAUAUAGAAGACUAUUAUUCUACAUAAUGUCUGCAGUGAGGAUCAUCUGUGCCCAGAGAUGGCUAGAACCAGUGAUCCUGAUGCAAGAGGACUGGCUGACAAAGAUGUCCACAUUAGCUGAGAUGGACAAACUAACCACGUUGAUGCAGGAGAAAUCCUUGACUAGUAUUAAGAAACACUGGGACUCAUCAUCAAGAUGGGAACAAAUUUCAGCUGUAGAAUUUCUGAUAUAGUUGUAUAGGGUUGCAUAGGUUAGGAUGAUUGUUUUAGAUAGAGUUCCGUUAGUGGUUGCACAGUUUUUUGUUUUGUGUUUGUGGGGAGAUACUAUUCUUGCGCAAUGUAACUUUUUUCUAUGUCGGUUUCUGCUUGCAUGCUUUUAUUUCAGUUCCUUUGAAUAAAAAUUACUAAUACAUCUUACAA